AGGCUGGGGUUCUGUGAGUGCAGCUGGGGACCAUCCCCUCUCCCCUGAGGCAGUGCAACUCCAUGCAGACACCUCUCUGAUGGCUGCCCAGUGCCCUGCGUCUCCCUGCAGGCUUCCAGCCGGGAAGCUGUGCUCCAAGCCCAGGGUCAUACUGAGGGAGAAAAAAACCCAUUCCAGAUUGAAAACCGGAAUUCUCAUCCAAGCAAUGCACCCCCUCCCGGUUAGCCAGGCACAGGGAUGGUUUUAAUCGUCAGGAUGGGAGGUGUUGCUGUUACAGCCCGAGACUAGCCCUGUCCUCAGGGAACCAACAACAAAUUGUUCCUUACCGCUUGACAAACAGAAUCACACAGCCAUUAGGGUUGGAAAGGACCUGAGGACCACGCAGUUGAACCUCUCUGCUCCAGAUGCUGCAGCUGCGGCUCCCCUCAGCCAGCAGCCGCGGAGGAGAGCUGACCCCUGCCAGCCGAGGCAGGCGAGCUCUGCUUUAACACGGCCAAUCAGCUGUGCACCUCAACCCGCUACCGAGCCGGGCUGGCCCCGGCUGGAGGCCGCUGUGCUGCCCUCGGGCUGCGGGCCGGGACUCUGCAGCCGCGGGUUGGGGUCUGAGGGCGGCCACCCUCAGCCCCGGGGUCGGCUCCAGCUCCCUCAUGAGGGCCGGCGGCCAUUUUGGGCUCUGGGAAAGGGGCUGCGCUCGGCCGCGUCCCACCGCGGGGCCGGGAGGUGGGGGCGGCCGGUGGGGCUCUGCGGACCGCAGGACAUGGAGCUGGUGUGGCAGGGGAGGACAUGGCUGCCUCGUGUUGGCAGCGGGUUAGCGUGCGAGGAUCUGCCGCCUUGGAGGGUGCUUGGGGCGGAGAAGCGGACGGGGCUUGGAGCACCCUGCUCCAGUGGAAGGUGUCCCCGCCCGUGGCAAGGUUGGAGCUGGAGGAGCUUUAAGGUCCCUUUAAUACAAACCAGGCUGGGGUUCUGUGAAGAAUACUACCUGUGAAUGUGAAAUACAGCUGUGCCAGCGUGAGAGAGCCGAAUCAAAGCGGUGGAGCCCAGCGCCAGGGGCUUGGAGGCUCCCCUGAGGGAGGCCGUACAUCAGGUCUACCCUGCUGCUUUGGGCGGCGGUGGAACACAGCCCUGCCUCCGGAGUGCAGGAGCAAAACCCGCUUUAAAUGCCAGCUAUAGGUAGUGGUGGUAACCCGACAGCGCCUGCGGGUCUGCGGCCCGAACGGCAGCGGCCCCGGCACCGAGGAGGAGGAGGCGGGCUCGGGGCCGCCCAUCCCCGCCCAUCCCCGCAGCGGCGGGGCUCCGGCCGCGGGCGGCGCGGUUCCCGCUGAUGGCAGGCGAGUCCGGUCCCGCUUCGCCGAGCGCUGGAGCCGAUGGCUACAGGCCACCUCUGUAUAAAGGGGUGUAAACUCGAAGAACUCGGGCUUUUCCAGUUAAAGCCUUCACUUGUAUCAGCAGCGCAGCAAGCAUGCCUGAACAAAGCAACGAUUACAGGGUGGUUGUGUUUGGAGCAGCAGGGGUUGGCAAAAGCUCCCUGGUCCUUCGCUUUGUAAGGGGAACUUUCAGGGAAAUCUAUGUCCCGACGAUCGAAGACACGUACCGGCAGGUCAUCAGCUGCGACAAGAGCAUCUGCACCCUUCAGAUCACAGACACCACGGGAAGCCAUCAGUUCCCUGCCAUGCAGAGGCUCUCUAUAUCCAAAGGGCAUGCUUUCAUCUUGGUGUACUCCGUCACCAGCAGGCAGUCCAUGGAAGAUCUCCAGCCCAUCUUUGAACAGAUCUGUCAGAUUAAAGGGGACAUCCAAAAAAUCCCCAUAAUGCUGGUGGGGAACAAAAGUGAUGAGACCCAGAGGGAGCUGGAUGCUAGCGAGGGGCAAGCGUUAGCCAGCAAGUGGAAGUGCUCCUUUAUGGAGACAUCAGCCAAAAUGAACUACAACGUGCAGGAGCUCUUCCAGGAGCUCUUGAAUCUGGAGAAGAGGAGAACUAUCAGUCUCCAGGUGGACGGAAAGAAGUCCAAGCAGCAGAAGAAGAAAGAUAAACUGCAAGGCAAGUGCUCUGUUAUGUGACUGACUUUGGCUGGACAAAGCUGCAGCACGGACUCCCACAGAAAAUGCAUUUCUGCUGGAGGUUUCAGACAAAUCCAUGCCUUACAAGGCUAUUGCUUUUCUCUCGGAUCUCCACUGGAUUAUUUUAUGUGUUGGUUUUAAAGGGGAUGGCUUUCUGCAUGUUUAUUUUUUUAAAAACAAUAAAUGUUCAGUGCUAGCAAUUA